UCUUCGUAAAAUGAAGAGCUCAACUCCGAUAGAUACGAAAAGCCCUGGACGACGUGUCUUUCGAUAUUCUGUAAGUUCUGAAGUGGAGGACAAUGUGAAAGAAACCAAGAACGAAAUAGCCCAAUUGAUUUCAGCAAACUAUCAUUUUACCAAAAUAAAAGUUAAAGGACAUUUCCUAGUUAAGCUGGCUGAUAAAAACCAAACCUUGUAUUCUAAAGCGGUAGUUGCUGCUUUAGCUGAAAAAGAGAUUUCAUGCCUUAACUCGUUAAGUUCUUGGAACUCGCAGAUCUAUUUACCGUCGUCCGACUUGAAAAUUGACUUUCCAUCUAAGUUCUCCGAGAAGUAAUGAAUUAAGUAAUAAGGAUUUU